AUGGCCCACGGAGGGGUGGCACAGCAAGGAGGUGUCCUUGGUGGUGGUGGUGAUGGUGGUCUGCUUGGUGGUAUUACUGGUGGUCUGCUGGGCGGUGGUGGUGAAGGGCUGCUGGGAGGACUGAUUGGAGGCCUGAUUGGUGGAGGGAGUGAUGCUGGUGGUGGCUUGUUGGGUGCAGGGGGUGGUGGAGGUGCUUAUGGUGGGGGUCCCAGCAACCCUCCCAGAGGCUGGCCAGCAGCUGGUGGCAAUGUCCCCAGGGGUAGCAGCCCUGUGGGGGUUGCUGGAAGAACGCAGGGACAAGGAGGUCUGCUUGGCAAUGGAGGUCUCCUCGGCAGAGCAGGGAUCCUCAGCGGUGGCCUGCUUGGCGUCCUCGGGGAAGGUGGCUUGCUCAGCACCAUCCAGGGGCUCACCGGGCUGAGGAUCGUGGAGGAGACGCUACCCAGGGUGUCCCUGAGGCUCCUGCCUGGCAUUGGUGCCAACCACAACCUCUACACCCGGGUGGCCCUCAAUGGCAAGAGCCUCUUGGAUUUACUUGACAGCACCGUGGAGGUGAACGUCACAGCAAGGGUCAGGCUGACCAUGGAUGGCAUGGGCUACCCCAAACUGGUGACAGAGAGAUGUGACACCGUCCUUGGUGGCAUUAAAAUCAGACUUCUGAGCAGCCUGCUCCCAAUUGUGGAUAAUUUAUUGGCAAGCAUCCUGAACAGACUUCUUCCUAAUCUGCUCUGCCUGGUGGUCGACAUCGCCCUGAGACUUGUCAAUGACCAGCUGGGACUUGUGAACUCACUGGUGCCCCUGGGUUUGCUGGGCAGCAUCCAGUACACUGUGUUCAGCCUUCCCCUGCUAACAGGCCAGUUCCUUGAGGUGGACUUGAACGGGGCUCUAAGGUGA